AUGGAUCAUUCUAAAAAACAUCGGAUAGACUUAAAUAAUAAAUAUCAAGAUAUUAUGGGUGAAACUAUGGAUUUUGAGGAGCUUAAUCGUCGUCAAUCUGCUUUAAAUGUAUUAGAAUCAUGGGAUAAGCAAGCAAUGCAUGCCAUAUCGUCAAAUACAUCAAUAGGGGAAAUACGACAACGAAUGCUGGCAACGAUAGCAGGAAUUAAUUUGCUCAAAAAGGAAUCUUGA